AUGGGCGAAAAAGUUGAAGAUAUUUUAAAAGGAAACAUGCCUCGAACCAAGGACAGAUACAACAAUGUUAUUCAUACGUGUACUUCUAUAACGAGCUUGGGCUCAUUAAAUGGCAAAGAUACUCGUAUGCACGAAGUGGGGGUCAUGCCUGAAAUGCCUGAUUUUACAAAGAGACCAAAGAUUAUGAAGCCACAUUCAUCCAAUGACUAUUUUUCUACUGAGCAUCACGAGUCAAUAGGAUCAGCAUUUUCGCCGGAUGAUGAUACAGUCCAAUCUAAUCAUUAUGUAUACCCACACGUUCGGAACACCUCAGUGACUUUUUUCUCGGAUGGUCUCAAUGACGAGCAUACAUACAACGAAUUACCAUUGGAUGAAUCCUUAGACGACUUUGAGGUGGAAUAUUCCGACGAAGAUAUGAUAGGAGAGGAAGAAGAGGAAGAGAAGGGCGGCGAGUGUGAAUGCGGUGACUGUUUAACUCCCUCUAGGAAUGAAACACCAGACCCGCAUUAUCAGAGUUUGGGUAAUGAUAUUAAUAGAAGCCAAUCGCCGUUUUUACAGAAGCCCAGAGCAGAGUAUACAACCGAAAUACCAUAUUUCUAUGAUCCGUCGAAACUUAAGUAUCCUUAUAAAUCCCCCCUAGAUUAUUCGGAUGAGGAAUUUGAGCAGAUGAAUCACUUUGACUUCUUGAAUGACUUGAAAUUUAGCACUCCGCCGAUCCUCCCAGUAUACUUAAAUUCCAACUUACUCAAUGACUCAAGUAGUAAAAAUUAUAAAACGUUUCCCUAUCAAUAUCAAGAAUCUAAUGUUCCGUAUGUUAAUACGAUAUAUCGAUACCGAAUAAAUGACCUCAACUUAAUGGACAAAUACAGUGCAAUGAAAUCGACGCGUCCAGCGCUUAAAAGAGCUUCAAGCUCAAACUCCUCAAACUCGUCGAAUAUGGGAACUAGGUCUACCAAGAGCAACGGAAUGACAAACCGAAUAAAACUACUGAGGGAGAAUAGCAAUGGAAGCAAAAACGGGGUAAAACUAAAACAUGCUGAUAAAAUAGACCUGAUUGAAAAAAACCUAGUCCCUCAUCAUGUUAUGUUGAAUCACUUGAUUACAUGUAAUUUGAAUAAAGAUGGUUAUAUUACAAGUUCUUGCAUUACAAGGUACAAAGGUAAGUUCUUGACUCAGAUUAUGUAUUUCUCCAAUGAGUUGGAGAAACUAUAA